AUGUUUCUCGCGUCACAGAAUUCCCAUACCUCGUUGCUAGCCAGGCCUGGCCAGCGAAUAGCCCGGCGACGGUUACAAUGUCAAGCACUCGAGGCGAAUCCACCCAAGGAAGGGCCAAAAGGCGGAAAAGUGGAGAAUUCGUGCAUCGCAGCCAAGCCAGUCGUCACGCUCACAGUUGUCAGCCCCGCGACUCGAUCGUUCAACAUCCACAAAGACCUCCUAUGCAGCGAAUCUAUCCACUUUCGUCAAUAUUUCGAGUCUUCCCACAACCCGGAACCCCUGGUUCUCCCCGACAGCGUAACUGCUGAGGUCAUGGAGGCAUUUUCUUGCUGGAUCUACACCAAGUCUGUCCAAGUCACUGAGUUGGAGGACGAAUAUGGCAAAGAAGACGGAAGCAGCAGCAGUGACGGCGAUCAUGACGAUGACGAUGACGAUGACGAUGAUGACGCAUCUGACCAAGAAGAUGUUAGUGAUGGGCAAGUCUCUGUCAUCGCCAUUGACGACGCUGGAGGAACAGACGAUGGUGCCAACAGCGAUUCUUGCGCUGCCUCUGCGACAGACGGCCAGAACCCUGAAGGACGUCCUUGGUAUUCUAGUCUACAACGCAGGUGCCGUAUCUUUGGCCGCCUCUUGGAUCUUUACACCUUCGCCACCAACUUCUUCGGCAAGGAUCAUGGGGUGGACAAGAGCCGAUUUGCUAUGCUACCAUCCAGCUUUCUGACGGAAGUGCUCGUCUCAAUCUUCGACAAUCAAGCGCCGAGAGAAGAUAUGGAUGGUGUUCCAUGGUGUGAUUUCCACAAUCAUCAGGAUAAACGUCAACGCCGGCGAUACUAUGCAAGACCGCCGCGCAUCUCCAAUAGGACCAACUCACCCCCUUAUAUCUACGAGCUUGGCGUCAUCGACCUCUUCCCCCAGGCCUAG